UUUCCGUUUCUUUCUUUCUUCCAUCUUUUAUUUUAUCAAGUGAACACAUCAUAUAAACUUUGAUACAGGACUUCAAAGGUUUAAAAAAAAAUCACGUAGAAAUAUUAUAGUUAAACUUUCUUUUGAACAUUUUCAAAAUGUAUAUGUUUCUUAUUUUAAGGGGGCAUUUCCAAAGUUCAGUAAGCUGGUUUUAUAAUUUGUAUUGAUAGAGCACAACUUCUUUGAUGAUCAACCCCAAAUCAAAGCCUACACACGUUAACGUGGCCCCUGACCUUGUACAACAGGGUUAUGGCGGUGUUCUUGUUCGUCUGUCACAUGCGAAGAUGACAGAGACUAUAUUCCACGUUAGGCACACAGAUGGAGUUGGUUCAAUUCCACUGUAUCUGGCUAUGUGAUUUUAUUAUUUGUUUGUUUGUUGGUGUUUUUUGUGAGCCGAGUGUUUCUUCUCUGAAGAAUGUGUUCUGUCUUACAGUGAGUCUGCAGCGCACGUUCCAUACCACAUCUCUACCACCAAUACAGGUCGAUUUGAGUGAAGCUUUUCAUAAUGUUCUUGAAGUUGUUGUUGUUUUUUUCGUUUUUUUUGUUGAGUCUGCUGUCUGACCUUCUCGAAAAUACAUUGUUCAUGUAAUGUUGCCUUCUUUUUUUAGCAGCAAGUGGAUGUUGAUUAAAUUCAAAACGUAUUUGCACCAUUGUUUCCCGGACUUUGUCGACUGUCACAAUAUUCUUCGAAGUUUAAUGUAAAUAGCGUAGGUGGAGAUGGCUAACUGUCUUGCAAGUCUGUUGCACGUUGUCGCAUGUACAUAACUUGUUGAGUCAGUAGUGGAAACUGAAAAUAAAUUAUUGAACAAUAAUAGAAGUUGACGUUUGUAAGGAAAACAGACACACACUACAAAAUAAAAAAAAGAAAGAAAAUAUUAGAAAAAAAAUCUUGAAAUAUUGACUAAGCAUAUUAAUUCCUGGUCGCUUGGUUAUUCUUAGAUUUUUAAUAUAAAAAAAAUACGAUAUAAAUUUAAACACGUAAACAUUUUAGCAUCGUUUACAUAUAAAUGUAUCGAUGCUUAUCAAAAAAAAAAAAAAAAAAAAAAAAAUUACCCUUUAAAAAAAACCAAAAAAAAAAAAAAAACGCUUGGUUAUUCUUAGAUUUUUAAUAUAAAAAAAAUACGAUAUAAAUUUAAACACGUAAACAUUUUAGCAUCGUUUACAUAUAAAUGUAUCGAUGCUUAUCAAAAAAAAAAAAAAAAAGAAUAGUAAGUUACAUUAGAAAAAACUCCAAGAUAGCGAUAUGAUGAGAGCGGCCAACCAUUCACAAACAAUUUAAAUUAAGUUAACAUGAUUGAAAUAAGGACGGACACCAAACGUUUUUUCAUGUACUUUUUACAGUCGUGCAGUCCGUCAACAUUGCUGGCUAAAUUUUAUUUAUGACAUGAGACAACACUGUUUUGUUUAAACAGGCCAUCUAAACUUGUCGCACUCAAGCCUUGUCCAUCCAGAGGAGAGACCAGUUUUGGGUGAGUGACAGCCUUCACAUUCGCUGCUACCUACAAGAUGCCAUCUAACGCCGUGGUAUUUUUGGGAUGCAUGGCUCUGUCAUUUAUAUCUGGUGAGUUUUCAUUUAUUUUUCUCUUAACCAAAUAAUUAUUUUUUCCAACUACAUAUCCUGAUGCUUAGCAAUAUUUCUUACAGCAGGGUCCAUUUCUACCAUAAUAUCACGAACAUGGUAACGAAGAGAUAAUGUUUAUUUUUAAUGAAACAAAUUAAAAUGAAUUUAUUUUGUGAUCGAAUUAAAAAUGACAAAACUAUAGUGAAAGUUGAUUAGGUAAAAUGAACAAAUCCAACAAAAUUUAAAAGUUGCUAGCCCGCUUACCAAAAUUACACUUAACUUUCGAUUAAAUUAGUUGCAUAUAAAUAAUUGAUCAUUGCAAGUUGAUUCAAGGAAACAGCAUUUAGAGUUGGAGUUUCUUCGUUGAUGACAAACGACUACUUUAGGUUUCGCUGUUAUUUAGAGCAGCAGGCUUCGACAUGUUGUCCCCGGCAAAUAGCUUUCCGGCAAUUCUGAUGCGAUUGAUAGGGUUAAUUUUGGAGUAAGAGGUAAAAAAACAACAACAACAACAUGCUCCCAUCUUUUGCAGCCCGAGAAUCGACUUCUACUUGACGUAACACGUUUUGGUCCUAUAAAUAAAUGUGGGACAGUCACUAAUCAAGAUGUCGGUGAUGGUUUGUUACAAUGAUCUCAAGACAAGAACUUUAGAAUUGCCCAGUCUGCAUUUUGUAUAAAAAAAUUUAAAUGCCGCCCAGCGCUGACCGCCCCUUUUUGCCCCCCUUUCUUACAAGACUGCAUUUCAGGCUCGUUACCGCUCUGAAAACAUUAAGUUGAGUCAUCAAGCCAUGAGCUCCCAAUUACAUUCUGCCAAUAAUAGAAACGUACACAUUUUGAAAAGAAAAAUGUUUAACCAAUCAAUGAAAUAGAAGAGUAACAAUGUGUUCCCUUAUCAAUGUAUUUCUUUAGGCGUCAGCGCUGAUGAUCAUACCGUGGAAGUUGUUGAAAACUGCCAGGCGGCGAUUGACAAGUGCAGCAAAAUUGCAACAACGGACGACGAGAUUGUGUAAGCGCUACUUAUCUAUUUUUUUUUGGUAAUUUCCCCGCAUGAAAUUAGUGUUGGUCCCAAGAACGUUUAGUAUCAAUAGCUUAAGGUAGAUCUACAUCUUAAACACAUAUAGGAGUAAGAAACAGGGGGGGGGGGAGAAGAAGUUAGAGGAGUUUCGAUCCACCUGUGGAAGAAUUCAUUCUCGUUUUAUCAGCGAGACAUAUUUUCGGCGGAUUCUGAGGGUGUUAACAGGGGCUAUGUCGCUAAUGCAAGCUCGGCUAAUGCAUGCUUGGCAAAUGCAUGCUCUCCUAAUGCAAGCUUUAUCGAAAUGCCAAAAUACAUUUAAUGCAUACGAAUAUUUGGCAAACAAACACAAAUCACAUAGACCAGGGCUCGCGAACCUUUUUGUCUGAGAGAGCCAUGGACACCACAUAUUUUAAAAAAGUAAUUCUGUGAGAGCCAUACAUUAUGUUUAAAAGUAAAAAUUCAAGUAAAUGUGUGCAUUUUGUCUAAUUUCAGCACUAAAAAUGCACUAAUUAUGUCUCUGAAUUCUUUUUAAUGAAAUGCUGUUUCUAAUCAAUAAUGAGUAUUUCUUACCAUUGAUGCGACUAUUUUUUUAUAAUCGAACGUUUGUCUGCGAGCCAGAUGCAGCCAUCAAUAGAGCCACAUCUGGCUCGCAAUUCAUAGGUUCCCGACCCCUGAUAUAGACAGAUACUUAUUUUUCAGAAAAAAACAAGAUGAAAUAGCUACAUGCUUCUCGAGCUUCAUCUGCAAAGACAGCAACGACGAGUCUAGGAUGAAAACCUUGUUGGCUUAUGGAGUCAGAAUCGCCAGUAAGCACUUCUUCUUUUUUUAAUAAUUGUUUCCUAAAAAUUUGCUAAGAGCUUUGUCGAUGGUUUAAGUUAGGUCUUUUUAAUGACUUGCAGCUUUAUUUCAAUGUCCGUGCCAUUGACAUAGAUUUAUUAUCUAACUGGUCGGUCUUUGCUCUUCACCUGUGCACUAUAUAAAGCUCAAAGUUCUACGUCUUCCGUUUUAUGCAGCGAUGGUAGGCCUUUGCUUAUCUGCACUUACGAAACACCGUAUGAGACAGAAAGAAGAGAGGAAGAGAGAUAGAGAGCUUCGACGUACUAAGCGUCACGUACCUUCGUUUGUUGACUUAUCACUAGAACUUUUAAGGCGUUAAAUUUUUACUAUCUUCAUUAAAAAAAACGCUCUUUAUGUUAAACUUGAGAACAUGAUUCUCCCGCCUUUAGUAUUGUUUAACGUAGGGCGAUGGUAAGGAGUCCUUUUUUGUUCUCCUGGUUGAUAACAGUUCUAGGUGUGGUUCAAUUUAUCAAAGUAUUUACUGCUGUUCAAUUUUAGUAUUUUUUAGUCAGUUCAGCUUAAAGUUCAAAUAAAUGUUAGUUUGACCAAAGAAGGAAAUAUAAUUGAUUUAUUCGAUCGCAAGUUUAGACUUUAACAAAAAAAUCAGUUUAUGUAAAAAUGCAAUAUGUAAAUUGUGUUUAAAAAUUUUUUUCAGACGCAGAGUCCUUAAAUUUGGCAUUGACCAUCAGCGUUUUCUACACGCCAUUGAUCCUCAGUACUGUCACAGCAUUUGUCUUAGCUUAGAUAUUAAUUAUCCUUGAACCAACCAUAAAGUGUACUCUCAUAGUACGCUGUAACAAAUAAAUAUUACAAAAAAAAAAAAAGUUUAACAGACAAGUGGUGAAAAAUUUCUUAGAACUUGUCUUUUAAAAAGUUUUUUUUUUAAAAAGCAAUAAAAAAUUAACGAAUGACGGUAGAAGAACACGUUAAAAAAACAUAAUUGCUAAAUAGUUUUAGAACCCCUGUCAUAAUUGUGUCCUUGACUGAAAAAUUAAAACCUUAAAAUAAAAAUUACUGAUUAUUAUAGAUUUAUGUAAUCACAAAUAAAUUUUAUUCUGAAUAAGAAGAGAACAGAGUAAAAUCCUUUGGCGAUUAAGGAGUACUAAAGGCAAUAAAAAAAAUUUUCAAAAUUAAAAUAUAUUUUAGCACUACAUUGCCAAUUAGAGGAAAAUGUAAUGUUCUUUUGCUCCAAAAUGAAAUAUGUCAAAUAUUUACAUGAUAAGAAUCAAGACAGUGUAUUUUUGAAAAUGUAUUUUCUCUUUGUAACAUCCUGUGUUUAUAUUUGAGAAGAUAUUAAAUUCCGUAUAUCAAAUAAAACUUAAUGAAAACUACCA